AUGAAAUUGGGCUUCAAAACGGGCUUCGGGUCGACCGCGGCGUUGGGACGGUCGGUCGGGACGAUCGGCCGGACAUCGGGUCGUGGCCGAGUCGGAACGGUCGGACGGAUUCACGGUCGGCCGGCGUGGUCGGAGCGGAUAGAUUUGGCCGAUGAAAUCUCUCGGCCGGACGCGGGACGUAGUUCCCGGCUCGGACGGAGCGUUCGGCCGGUACGCGACGAGUUGCGCGGCCGCGAGGCGUUACUUCCCGGCUCGCGCGCUUUGGUCGUGCGCGGUUGUGGCGUGGCCGACCGCGGGCAGUUUCCCGGGUCGUGA